UCGUCUCUUCUUCUCCCUCGCGCACACCACCAUCUCUCUCUCUCACUGCACUCCACUAGUAGACUCUCUCGCGGCCAUGGCGUCGUACACGCUGCUCGUCAUCCUCGUCUUCUCCGCGCUUGUCUCGCCGCCGCGGCUCGCCGUCGGAGACAGCUACCCGGCCGACUGCCCCUACCCCUGCCUUCUGCCGCCGCCCACGCCCGUCGUCACCACCAACUGCCCGCCGCCGCCGUCCACCUACUCCUACCCCCCGCCGCCGUCUUCCUCUUACAACACGCCGCCGUCGUCGUCGUACUGGAACUACCCGCCGCCGCAGGGAGGAGGCUACAUUCCCUACUACCAGCCUCCCGCCGGCGGUGGCGGUGGCGGUGGAGGAGGUUUCAACUACCCGGCGCCGCCUCCGCCGAACCCCAUCUUGCCGUGGUACCCUUGGUACUACAGGUCGCCGCCGUCGUCGUCGGCGACGGCGAGGGGACGAUCGUUUCUUGGCUCGGUUGCCGCGGUAACAGCUGCUGCUGCUUUAAUUAUCGUGUUUUAAUGUAGCUCAUCCCCUUUUUUUCUUAGUUUAAAUUUCUAUAUUUUGGAGAGAUAUAUAAUGAGACGCCAUUGUCAUUCUAGCUACUAUAUACAAAUAUGAUAUAAUAUAAAUUUUGGCUUAAUUAGUUUACUUUUAUCUAGUGGAGUAACUAUUUGCAAGUUCUUCAAAUCAUAAUGCUACUGAUCACAAGAAUCUGCUUUUUUUUUUCCCGGCUACCUCUCUUUUCUAUUUUCUACCGAAUAAUGCUACUCCCAGCUUGUGUGAGUAUAUAUAUGUGUACGUUGUAAAAUGUUAAUUUGCGGAUUAUGAAUAAUGCUACUCCCAGUUUACUUUAGUGACACUAUCACAGUAUCACUGAAGAUUAAAUGAAUUGAUGA